AUGCGCUGGGCGAGGAGGGCGCUAAUGGCGGCCGUCGUCGCGUUUGACGGGCCCGCGGCCGCAGCCGGUGCGGCUGCAGCCGCGGGAGGGCUCGGACCUCGGUGCGAGCUGAAGUACCGAAUCCUGGGCUCGGCUCGGCUGAAGGUGCCGACUCUGCUCGUGCUGCUGUGCGCGCUGGUGCCACUGGCCGCCCAGGGCGCCGGCGCCAACCUUCACGAGCCUCCCUCGGGAGCUCAGGCCGAGCCAUCGGCCGACGCGCCGCCAGCGCCGGCCGAGGACGACAUCGUGGCUCGCUCAACCUUCACGCUCACCUCGGGCGGCGGUUCGCGUGGCUACGAGUGCGUGGUGCGGCGUGGCCAGGACGCCGCCGCCGCGGCCGUCGCCUUCGCGGAGGAGCACGCGCUCAACGUCGACGGCGUGCUCCAGAUCGCGCAGCACCUGGUCGGACAGGUGGAGAGCGCCGCCUACGAGCCGCCAAAGGAGCUGCGGCUGCGGACGGCCGGCGCGCACAAGAAGAGGGCCGAGUCGCUGGCCAAGGAGGGCGUGCAUGACGAGGCGGCCGAGCACCUGGCACGCGCGCUGAUGCGGCCAGGGCUCGAGACCGACAUCGCGGAGGCGGAUUGGUCCUCCUUUCUGGCCGAGGUGCUCGCCCCCUCGAAGCUCCGGGGGCAGGACGCGUCGGAGCAGGUCUUCGCCUUUUGCGCCGCCAACGGGCUGCACUCGGCGGACGAGGUGAGCAAGCUGGGCGGCCUUGUCAGCGGGCGGCUCGAGGAGGCGGGCCACGCGCGCGAGGAGGCGACGAGUGCGGCGGCGCUCGUCGUGCGCGGCGCCAGGCAGCGGCGCGAGGGCGGCUAUCCGCCACCCCAAGUUUACCCACCUCACCACCUCCCCACCCUCACCUCCAGGCAGCGGCGCGAGGGGGACUACUCCGCCGCGGGCGCCGCGUUCGCUCGCGCGCUGCACCAUGCCGGCGCGGGCGAACUGAGCAAGGAGCAGCUGGCCUUCUAG